UUUUUGAAUCCGCGCGAAUCACACUCGAUCAUCAGGCAGCAGUCGAUUGCGGUCUUGACAAGUUCAGCAGACAGACGACGUGGGAGCUCUUGACAAAAGUAUUGAUAAGUUUUAUCAGUUCAUCAACAAAAAUGGCUACUGGAGAUCUAAAGGGCAACUUGCGGAGAUUGCAGACAAAACUAAAGACAGUCGGUUACCCGAAAGACAUCGACGUGAAAGGUGUUUCUAAAGGACUAGCUCAGGAGUAUCUUCCAUUGCUUCACUACAUCCUGCUGGAUUACUCACGAGCCAUCGCUCAACUCAUCAUCAAUAAUGACAUGGAGUUGUACGGCAAGAACGACAACAAGUUUGUGGCAGCCGCCUACAAAGUUCUGCGGGAUAUUUUCCAUUAUAAACCCUCCAUCACCAGACAUCAAUUCUUCAGUCGGGGUUUUGCAGAACACAAGAUCAUGUUGUUGGUCGAUAUCAUACGCAUGGUGACAGAGAAAAACAAGGAGCUGUGCAAGGCUGUGCCAAGCGCCCACAAGGGGAGCACUGGAAGAACACUCCAGACUCAAAGUUCAGCAGAGGUAUUUGGUUCCCAAUCGAGCACAACCUCCGAAGCACAGACUCCUUUCUUCGGUUCAGCAUCAACAAGCGAGAUACCAGUGUUCCUGCCAACAGUUAUUGACAUUGGGAGUAAGGUCACUGAUCGGGACACCGGUUAUCACACUGCUGAGACAUCUCCUACCGCUAUUAAAAACCAAGAGGGAGAGGAGGUUGUAAAACAACCAACCGUGUCAGUGAAUGAACUAUGUGCAAAGUUUGAACACAAAGGAAGUCUAAAACACGACAGCAUUGACAGCAAAUUGAGCGACUCGUACCUGGAAGAGCAUCCAGUCAUUCAGGCUUUGGUCGAUCAGAUCGUUCAUCUCGAAGAUCACAUAGCAGUGGAACUUGAGAAACGGGCGAAACAUGAAGAAGAGUUUGAGGCACUCGUGAGAAAGUGUGAUAACAUGUCUGGACACAUCGUAAUACUGCAGCACAAGAUAAAGUUUGUGGAAAAUAAACUUGGUGCCACACCCAUCUCUGUUGUCGAACCUCUGCAAUCUUCGUCAUUUCAUAGCGCGAAUGCUGAACCAAUGCAUGAAGCCAUUGAGCAAGAUAGCUUGAAUCUAGCACCCAGCCCCUCACCAAGAAGAAGUCCACCCUUAGUGCAUUCCAUGCCGACCUACGAACCAGCUCGACUCAAUGCCUCUCGAGAGCGGAGCAUGGAGGCCAGACCUGUAGAUGUGGUUGGACUGGAUGAGGGCGUGGCAGCAGCAGAGGAUGAGGACGAAGGGCUAGUCGACGAUGAUGGAGAUCUUGGAGAAUACAUCAUUGAGACAUCAAGGGAUUGUAGCGGAGAGGGUGCGGAGGUUGCGACCGACGGAGCAUCGGGAGGGAGCGUAGACCUCGAGGAGAUCAUCUUUGAGGAUCUUCCAGUGAGAGAUGUGGAUGAAGCAGCUCCUUCUAGACAGAGAGAUGAUCCACAUGUCUACAGCCAGAUUCAAAGAGUACAAAAUAUGUUGGCUAGCACUCAGCAGAUGCUACAAGGAAAUGCCGGGAACUCGCCUCCGAGUAAAGACAAAUCCGAGACAAACUAAUUGUACCAAACUCCGUCUUUGAACAGAGGAAAGCACAAGCAAACGAGCGGUGAGUUGGGGUUGAAUCUCUUGUGACCCCCAAGCCAGGUUCUUGCAAGGGCAAGGUUCAACCUUGCAAGGUACCACUCGGUUUAUCUUGCAUUUAUUGCAUUCAUUUAAGGGCCUUGUCACAUGAGGCACCUUUUACAGGCGACUUGGAGGCAACCAAAUGUAGUGCAUGCUACAGGAACACUUUGGCAGCACAUUUUUACAACAAUGAUCCCUGAGAACAGUUAUGUUAUCUUGGUUGCCUGGAACUGGUUGUCUUUAAAUUGCCUGUGUAACAUGGGUUUUAGUCUUUCUUAAUCCGUUUCAACCCUAGCAGUCUUUCCCCAAGGGCAGAAAAGACUGCCAGGGUCAAAACGUGAGCCCAUUAAACAAAAUUGCAUUUAUACCAUUGAGAAAUUUUGGUUGUUAAUCAGUUUGCGAACAGCUAAUUUUGUUUUGUUUUUCGUGUGCGAAAGAUUUCAAGUUUUACAGAGAAAGUAAGUUAUAAAAAAUGCCAUCGUAAAGAAUUUACAAACUUACCUUGUGAUUGGAUUUCACGACCUGACGUAGUCUAAAAGAUUUGUACUGUUUCUUAAAAGUAUUGUAAUUGUUUGAACACCAAAGUUUCCUUUUUGAUAGUUAUAAGAUGUUUUGUUGACAUGUCAUUGAUGUUAUC